CGGGCACUUUUUUGAAAGACAUUUUAUUCUGCUGCGUGUUAUAGUUAAAAGUUGAUGGUUAAAAGUUGAUGAUGUCAAAACGACGAAUAGAUGUCGGUGAUUCGGGCCACGUCAAACGCAAUAGGGAUGAUGUCAAGGACAAAGACCGAGAUAAUGACAGAAUUAAAGAUCAGAAUAAUGAGAACUCAAAACCAAAGUCUGUUUUUGAACAGUUUAACAUUCCACGUCCAACACUGCAGCUUAAUCCAUUUACAGGCAUGGCCUUCAGUCCAAGAUACUAUCAGCUUAUCAACAAACGGAUGAGUCUACCGGUCUGGGAAUAUAAAGACAAAUUUUCAGAGAUGUUGACAAAGUAUCAGACCAUUGUGUUGGUUGGAGAAACGGGUUCUGGAAAGACUACACAGAUUCCACAGUGGUGUUUAGAAUGGACCAGGGCGCGGUACCCUAAGAGAGGGGUGGCCUGUACCCAGCCACGUCGAGUGGCAGCGAUGUCAGUUGCACAGCGUGUCUCGGAGGAAAUGGAUGUCAUGUUGGGACAAGAGGUGGGUUACAGCAUCAGGUUUGAGGACUGCACCUCCUCCAAGACGUUGCUCAAGUACAUGACUGAUGGUAUGUUGCUCCGCGAGGCUAUGUCCGACCCCCUGCUUGAGGCGUACGGUGUGAUAAUGUUGGACGAAGCCCACGAGCGUACAUUAGCCACAGAUAUCCUGAUGGGUCUUUUAAAGGAGGUUGCCAAGCAACGUUCAGAUCUGAAGAUCGUGGUUAUGAGUGCUACUCUUGAUGCUGGAAAGUUUCAGCAAUACUUCGAUCAAGCCCCUCUGAUGAGUGUACCAGGUCGGACUCAUCCUGUGGAGAUAUUUUACACACCUGAGCCAGAACGUGAUUACCUGGAAGCUGCCAUCAGGACCGUUAUUCAAAUACAUAUGUGUGAGGAGGGAGAGGGAGAUAUUCUGCUGUUUCUUACAGGACAAGAGGAAAUUGAUGAGGCCUGCAAACGUAUAUCACGUGAGGUUGAUAACCUUGGUUCGGAAAUAGGAGACGUCAAGUGUAUUCCUUUGUAUUCCACUCUUCCUCCUAACCUGCAACAGAGAAUCUUUGAACCAGCCCCUCCAAGGAAAGCAAAUGGAGCCAUUGGUCGCAAGAUUGUCGUUUCUACUAACAUUGCUGAGACCUCACUCACAAUAGAUGGCGUGGUGUUCGUCAUUGAUCCAGGAUUUGCAAAACAAAAGGUAUAUAAUCCAAGAAUUCGUGUCGAGUCGCUGUUGGUUACUGCUAUCAGUAAAGCAAGUGCACAGCAGAGAGCGGGCAGAGCCGGGCGAACCCAGCCUGGCAAGUGUUUCCGUCUCUACACGGAGAAGGCGUACAAGCAGGAGAUGCAGGAAAACACAUACCCUGAGAUUCUACGAUCAAAUCUUGGUUCCGUGGUGUUACAGCUGAAAAAACUGGGCAUUGAUGAUCUUGUCCACUUCGACUUUAUGGACCCUCCAGCUCCAGAGACAUUGAUGCGAGCACUUGAGUUACUCAACUACCUGGCCGCUCUCGAUGACGACGGAGAACUCACAGAGUUGGGCUCCAUGAUGGCUGAGUUCCCACUGGACCCCCAGCUAGCCAAGAUGGUGAUCGCGUCAUGUGACUUCAACUGCUCCAAUGAGAUCCUGUCUAUUACAGCCAUGCUUUCAGUCCCGCAGUGCUUUGUUCGACCUACUGAGGCCAAGAAGGCGGCUGACGAGUCCAAGAUGAGGUUUGCACACAUCGAUGGAGACCACCUGACGCUACUCAACGUGUACCACGCUUUUAAACAGAACCAGGAAGAUCCCCAGUGGUGCUAUGACAACUUCGUCAACUACCGAUCGAUGAAGAGCUCCGACAAUGUCCGCCAGCAGCUGGCGCGGAUCAUGGACCGGUUCAACCUGCGCCGGACGAGCACGGAGUUUACCAGUCGAGACUAUUACAUCAACAUCAGGAAGGCUCUCGUUAUGGGCUUCUUCAUGCAGGUUGCUCAUUUGGAAAGGACAGGUCACUAUUUAACAGUGAAGGACAACCAGGUGGUACAGCUACAUCCGUCCACCGUUCUCGACCAUAAACCCGAGUGGGUCCUCUACAAUGAGUUUGUACUGACCACGAAAAACUAUAUACGCACAGUGAUUGAUGUGAAACCAGAAUGGCUUGUGAAGGUUGCUCCACAGUACUACGAUAUGGCAAACUUCCCCAUGUGUGAAGCGAAGAGAAUUUUAGAGCGCAUCAUCGCCAAGUUACAAACGAAACAAAACCCGGACGGAGUGUGAUGUUGUGACAUUGUAGAUACAAAAAAACACUGUUAUCCUGACAUGUGUUUAACAUUGUGUGAACACUAUCAGAUUAAAUACUUGAUCUUUUACUCACAGCCGCAACAUUAAAGAACUUCAUAUCUUUAUGAACAAAUGAUGUUCAGUAUGCUACCAUGCCCACCACAUUACAGCAUUUUGAGUUUGUAUACCUAAAACUUAACAUCAACAUACAUUUAUUACAGUAUGCAGCUGUAUAUUUGAUUAGUUCCUUUAUGUGGUAAAAGGUUGAUGGUCAUCAAUCAGAAUGGGAUGAAAUGUAAGAUCAGUAGUGUGUUCAGGAUGGUGAACACUAGCUGAACCAAAAUUGACUGGUACCAUUGUGUUCUGUUACAUGACAUUCAUUUAACUUUACAUGCAAAAACCAGUGUAGCGAGCAAUUGCCAGCCUUCCUGAACAUGCCUCUUGUUUUAAUCGAAUGACUCGAGUGAACUUUUGGGUACAUUUGUUUGCUAGCAGUUGUAUAGUUUUACAACUGACCCAGUUUUGUAAGUAGGUAAUUUCAUUUUUUUUUUAUUGUGUUAAACAGAUACGAAAGGUUCUAUUUGGCGUUGAACAGUUUUAUAAGAUUAUUACAAGUUGUUUAAUAAAUUAUUAAACAAAUCACAAGGAUUCUAUUGAGUGUAAUACAAAUAGGAUUUUCUGUUGCACAAGCUGUAAUGUAAGUAUCUAUAGUCCGUCACACAAGGAAUGCCUUUUUUCAUACUAUGGAAUUUACUAGAAGUUAUUUAUUUCUGACCUGACUGAUUUGUAAAUUGCACACAAAGCUAGUAUAUUUUUGUUAUUUCCAAAACCUUUCUUCUUGCGUUAAACAAAACUGAAAUUAUUUACAAAACUCAUUUUUAUAGUAUGAUGGGACGGACUAAAGGAUUAUUUUCAUUACACUUAAAUAUCUUUUAUUUAUACAGUCAAAAUAAGAGAUGGUGUAA